AUGAACGACGCAGCUGUUUCCCAGCAGAUCCAGCAGAUGGUCAGAUUCAUCCGCCAAGAAGCGGAGGAAAAGGCCAACGAGAUCCUAGUUUCUGCUGAAGAAGAAUUCAAUAUUGAGAAGCUACAACUGGUAGAGGCCGAGAAGAAGAAGAUCAGGCAAGAGUAUGAGCGUAAAGCGAAGCAAGUUCAAGUUCGUAAGAAGAUUGAGUAUUCAAUGCAGCUUAAUGCUUCUCGGAUCAAAGUGCUUCAGGCUCAAGAUGAUGUGGUUAAUUCCAUGAAAGAGGUAGCAGGAAAGGAUCUUCUGAAUGUCAGCCAACAUCACCACCAAUACAAGCAUCUGCUCAAAGAUCUCAUCGUUCAGAGUUUGCUCAGAUUGAAGGAGCCUGCUGUCUUGCUACGUUGCCGGAAAGAUGACCGUCAUUUGGUGGAGUCUGUCCUGCAUUCAGCAAAAGAGGAAUAUGCUGACAAAGCAAAUGUUUUUCCCCCAGAAAUCAUUGUGGACCUUAAUGUCCAUCUUCCACCUGCUCCUAGCCAUCAUAAUGAUCAUGGUCUUUUCUGCUCUGGAGGUGUGGUGUUGGCGUCUCGAGAUGGGAAGAUAGUGUUUGAAAAUACCCUUGAUGCACGUUUGGAUGUUGUAUUCCGUAACAAACUUCCCGAGAUCCGCAAGUUGCUAGUUGAGCUUUUCGAGAUAAGAUUUGAAUCCAUGCCAAUGUUUGGCAAGGAGAUUGGGAUUCUUGGAAAUGAUUUUGAAAUUGUUGCCAGGGAUGGAGGGAGUUAA